GGAACGUUUGUAUCAUGAGUGUUUUCUUUUCGAUCAUGUUUAAUUGACGGACGGAUUCCUGUUUACACGUGAGGUAGAAGCAAACCCACCAUACCAAGUGUGGCCAAUUUCAGGACAUUGUUUGCUACGUGGAAAUAAACGGUAGAGAUGGGUAAACUGAGAAAGAAACACAACUGGAAAGGGAGACAACAGGGCGAACAUCAAGAACCAGUAAACGGGAAAAAGGCUGACAUUGUAUUAGAACUAGAUGUGAGCAGACUAAAGGGUGUCGAUGAGAGCAACGCCUUGGUAUUGCCAGCCAACAAGGCAAAAAAGAAGACCUCUUCAGUAACGCCUGUUUCUAAAAAGAAGCCUUUAACCAAGAAGCAGAAGAAAGAGCUGCAAAAAGUGCUCGAGAGGAAGCAGAAGAAAGCUCAGAGAGCUGACAUCCUGACUCGACUGGCUGAGGUGCAGGUUCCAGAGUCUGAACUGAAGCUCUUUUACACUACAUCCAAACUGGGCACAGGGGAGAAGCUUUACCGCACAAAACAGUCAUCUGAUGAAGUUGUAGAUGGCGCAACUGGACCAAAGAUCAGCAGUGUCGGCGGGGCCAACAGGAAGCGAAAAUGGAAAGAAGAAGAGGAGGAGGAGGAGGAAGAGGAGCAGGAGGUUGAAGAUACGAGUCAUGUCUCAACUAGUGAUGAUGACUGUGAUGAAGAGGAAGAAGACAGUGAAGUGGACAAAACCCCGCUGACGAGCGCGUGUAAAGAAACAAGUUCUCCCUGUGAGGAGGUAAAAGAGAAGGAGAAGGAAGAACAGCAGGAGAUUCAGAAAGAAGAACAGACUAAGGAGUCCAUGUCCAAUGAGACCUCAAAGACAUCGCAGCCGGCCGUCUUCAUCCCGGUUGACAGAUUACCCAAAAUCCAGGCGGCUCGUCUGAAACUGCCGGUGUUGGCCGAGGAGCAGCUCAUCAUGGAGGCUGUGAAGGAAAACCCUUGCGUCAUCAUCUGUGGAGAGACCGGAAGUGGGAAAACAACACAAGUGCCCCAGUUUCUCUACGAAGCCGGCUACGCCAGUGGCACUGGAAUGAUUGGCAUCACUGAGCCGAGAAGAGUAGCAGCUGUCAGCAUGUCACACCGAGUCGCCAAAGAGAUGAAUCUGUCCACACGAGUGGUGUCGUAUCAGAUUCGAUACGAGGGCAAUGUGACGGAUGAGACCAAGAUCAAAUUCAUGACGGAUGGUGUUCUCCUGAAAGAAAUCCAGAAGGACUUCCUGCUGCGACGUUACCGCGUGAUCAUCAUAGACGAGGCCCACGAGCGAAGCGUGUACACCGACAUUCUCGUUGGUCUGCUCUCUCGUAUUGUUCCCCUGAGAAACAAGAAAGGUUUGCCCAUGAAGCUGUUGGUCAUGUCCGCCACUCUGCGCGUGGAGGACUUCACUGACAACCAGAAGUUGUUCAAAACGCCUCCGCCUAUCAUCAAGGUGGACGCUCGGCAGUUUCCUGUCACUGUGCAUUUCAACAAACGUACCCCGCUAGACGAUUACACCGGAGAAGCCUUCCAUAAGACCUGCAAGAUCCACCGCAUGCUGCCUUCAGGGGGCAUUCUGGUAUUUCUUACUGGCCAGGCGGAGGUUCACGGCCUGUGUAGAAGACUGAGAAAAGCUUUCCCCUUCAGGAAGGGCAACACAACUAUUGGUGACGAGGACGAAGCAGAUUCCUCAGAAGCCGUGAAGAGGUUCAAGAGGGCCAAGCAGAAGAAGAGCGUUUCGCUGCCUCGUAUCGACCUGGACAAUUACUCAGCGCAGCCGGUGGACGAAGGAGACGAGGACAGAGAGGCGGGGAUAGCUGAGGACGAGGAUGAAGGCUCUGACUUGGACAUUGGAGAUGAUCCUUGCGACACAGAAGAGAAGGCUGACCCGUCCAUCCCCAUGUACGUCCUCCCGCUCUACUCACUACUGGCUCCUGAGCAACAGGCCAAGGUGUUCAGGCCCCCUCCCCCUGGCACUCGUCUAUGUGUGGUGGCCACCAACGUGGCUGAGACCUCGCUGACCAUCCCCGGCAUAAAAUACGUGGUGGACUGCGGCCGAGUGAAGAAGCGCUUCUAUGACCGCGUGACGGGCGUGUCGUCCUUCAAGGUUACGUGGAUCUCGCAAGCGGCAGCCAAUCAGAGGGCGGGCAGAGCGGGGCGAACAGAGCCAGGACAUUGUUACAGGUUGUAUUCAUCCGCAGUCUUUGGUGACUUCAGUCAGUUCUCAGAAGCAGAGAUCACUCGCAGGCCUGUAGAUGACCUGGUCCUGCAGAUGAAGGAUCUCAACAUCGAGAAGGUGGUCAAUUUCCCCUUCCCUACUCCUCCUUCUACUGAGGCCCUUGUGGCAGCAGAACAGUUGUUGGUCUCCUUAGGAGCUCUCAAAGAGCCACCUAGUCUUAGAAGCAUGAAAGAGAUGGAGCGAGCGAGGCUGAGCUGCCCCAUAACCCCAUUGGGUAGAGCUAUGGCCUCGUUCCCUGUAGCACCGCGCUACGCCAAAAUGCUGGCGCUGGGCCAGCAGCAGGAGUGCUUGCCCUAUGUCAUUGCCACGGUCGCUGCCAUGACCGUCCGGGAGAUUUUUGAAGACCUCAACAGACCGGCAGGGAGUGAAGACGAGAACUCCAAGCUUUCUCAGCGUCGCGCUCGGAUGGCCCAAAUGAGGAGGCUGUGGGCGGGGCAAGGACCGUCACUCUUGCUGGGGGACAUCAUGGUCAUGCUGGGUGCUGUCGGCGCGUGCGAAUUCGCCGGAUGUACGCCCUCAUUUUGCGAAGAGAACGGUCUGAGGUACAAAGCUAUGGUGGAGAUCCGCCGACUCAGGAGUCAACUCACCAAUGCAGUGAACACCGUGUCCCCCGAUAUGGGAGUGUUCGUCGACCCCAAAAUGUCUCCCCCUACGGCGCACCAGGUGGUCUGCUUGCGACAAAUCACUCUAGCAGGCCUCGGUGACCAUCUAGCGAGAAGAGUACAAGCGGAGGAAUUGUUAGACGCGAAAUGGAAGCAGGCUUACAAGACACCACUCAUGGACGAGCCGGUCUUCAUUCAUCCGUCAUCACCGCUCUUCAAAACGUUGCCCGAGUUUGUCGUCUACCAGGAAAUAAUGGAGACCACCAAGAUGUACAUGAAAGGUGUGUCCGCCGUCGAAGCCGAGUGGGUGCCUCGGCUCCUGCCGCAGUACUGCCACCUUGACCCUCCUCUGGAGUCACCGGGGCCAUUUUUGUGUUCCUCCACGGGCACCAUCAGGUGUCACCGCUCAAGCACCUUCUUUCGAGUGGCCUGGAAGCUUCCCGCAGUGGAGAUGGAGUAUCCAGAUGGUCUGGAAAGAUACAAACUGUUUGCUCAAUUUAUUCUAGAUGGAGAGGUGUGUCCUAAACUAAAGGCCCAAAGGAGCCAUCUUCUGUCAAACCCCUCCAUCAUGAUGAAAUCAUGGGCCAAGCUGCAGCCGAGGACAGAAGCCGUGCUGGGAGCUCUGGUCUCGCAAAGAGUCGACUGCAGAGAUGCUCUCCUCUCCCUGUGGAAGACUGACAAUAAAUUCUUGCUGUCUGAAUACUGCCUUUGGCUACCUGAGGCCAUGCAUCAGGACGUCGCCAAAAGUUGGCCCCCAGUAUAAAGCCAACUUUUGAAAGGAAAGAAGCCCUGCAUCGGUUGUCAUAGUAUUUUAUAAGCUAUGUUUACAUGCAUUUUCUAAUAGAAACGACCUCGAUUAGGGUUCAAAUGACUUUAAAAUUGUGCUCCUGUAAAUCAUGUGCAUGUAAUUUGGUCUUCAUAAGACUUAUUAAAAUAUUAACACUUGUCUGUGUUUCAUGGAGAGGAAAAAGCCCCA